GCGAGAUAGGAUUAAAGUUUUGAAUAAACAAUAAGAAAAAAACAAGUCGGGUAUCCGGAUCCAAACAAAUCACACUACGGGCAAUCAGGCUGAUGGUCUUCAUCCUGAAGCAAACGAGGUCAUCUUCAGUCACAGUUUUUUCUUUCCGUCACUAAUGACAAAUCCCCCGGCGGCUCUGAAUCUACUUCCGGUGAUCCUCCUCAUCUUCUUAUCAUUUUCAAUCCAAUCGGUGCGUUCCGACUCCGGCAGCAGCAUAGAAGAAUGGCAGAUUCUCACCAAAUACAAUUUCUCAUCUCAAAUUCGCCUAAAUCCUCAUUUGAUCCUCAUCGUCACCGUGCCAUGGUCUGGUGAGGCACGAUCUCUUAUGAAAGAAUUAGCCCACACGGUCACUAAAAAGAAAGAGGAAUUUGAUACUCUAAAGUUGAUGCUCGUUCAUAAAAAUCAUGAUAAGACGUUGGCAAAUGCUCUGGGUGCUAAAAUGGAAAUUAAUAUUAUAUGUUACCGCCAUUCUUUUCCAUACAAGUAUCAAGGAACACUGCGGGUUCAGAACAUAUUAUCAUCUGUUCGUUAUCUUAUGUCACUUUCGCCUGAAGAUACCCCCCUUAAGCCUUUAUCAACCACAGAGGACCUAACAACAUUCCUUAAGUCAACCGACAAAGCUUUACUUGUUCUUGAGUUUUGUGGAUGGACACCCAAACUGAUGGCCAAAGUCAUGAAUAAUGGAUCUGAUCACUCAUCUGGUGUUUCUCUUAGAACAACUUUAUUUGGAGAACACGAUGAAACAAGUGAGAUUGACGGGAAGAAGAAUCAGGGGAUGGAAAAUGAAAAGAUUACUUGCAACGUUGACGAUCAGUUUAAUGGGCUUCCUGGGCUUAAUGAAUUUAUUCCUCUCAACGAGAGUGAUUUUCUGGAGGCUAAGAAAACGGGAUCAAGUGAUGGAGAUCCAUCAUCCUGCAGUUUUGAGGAGUUCCAGAUGUUUGAGUCUUCGCUAUACAAUUUUACUAGUUUUGUCGGAGAAUUCUUUCUGCCACCUGAACGGUUAAAGUUCGGUUUAGUGUCUGAGAGAUCAUUACUUUCAUCUCUAGGUGUUGCCGAUACCGGUUCGUGGUUAAUCAUGCUAUACUCUACUGGAUGCCCUAGCUGUACUAAGGUUUUUAAAGGUGGAAGUGAUUUAAAAAGAAUUAUAGAGAUUGAUUCAUCACCGGUUAUGGAGCUUAAAGGUGAUGAGUAUGAUUUUGACCCUGGUUUACCAUCAGAUAGGUCAUCGGUACUCCUUUUCAUCGACAGAUCAUCCGAUUCAUUAGAAAUUAGAAGAAAGAGCGAGGAAUCUCUUACGGUUUUACGAGAACUAGCACUGCAUCAUCACGUUCCAUCGGAUGAUCAAAAUGUUUUCAAUCAAGCUCAUCUUUCGAAAACCGUUUUCCACCAUCCUAAAUUGGAGAUGUCAACGUCAUCUCAAAAGGUAACUUCGUUGAAAGAUAAGAUUACUAUCAUAACCAUGAACGAGGGUAAGCAUAUUACUUUUGAUGAUAUUGCUUCGAAUUUGCAAGGUAAUUCCUUGCAAGAUGUCUUGGCAUAUGUUCUUCAGCAGAAGAAACAAAGAAAACUGAGUUCACUUGCUAAAGACGUCGGCUUCCAGCUUCUCUCUGAUGAUAUUGAUAUCACAAUGUCGGAAAACGUUCAGUCUGAUGAUAAACCGACGGAACCAUCUAUGAAAGAAAACGAUCAGGUGUCACAUGUGGAUGAUGAGACGAUUUCGGUUGAUACAAGUGUUCAGUCAGUUGCCAAAUUUGAAAACGAGGAAGUUGAAAAGGGGUCAAAGGGGUCCAACGGGUCAUUUUUCUUUAUUGAUGGACAAUUCCGGUUACUCGAAGCGUUAACCGGGGUUACAAACAUCCCUUCAUUAGUGAUUAUUGAUCCUAUUUCACAUCAACACUACGUCUAUUCUGAAGAGGACGAUUUUGGCUAUUCUUCUGUAUCCGGUUUUUUUCACAUGUUUCUUAAUGGAAGUCUUCUACCAUAUCAACGGUCCAAGUCUCUUGUUCAUGAAUCUAAGGAGGCCUUACGUCCACCGUUUGUCAAUCAAGAUUUUCAUGAGGUUGAUCCUAUACCGCGUGUUAAUUCUCUUAAGUUUAUGGAGUUGGUUGUUGGUAACCACUCUGGUUCGGUUAGUGUUGACUCUGCAUGGAAGAAAGACGUAUUGGUUCUUUUUACUAGUAGCUGGUGUGGAUUUUGUCUGAGAACGGAACUUGUUCUUCGUGAAGUUUACCGUGUGUUCAAGGGUUAUGGCGAUAUGGAGAAACGUCAAUUUAGGAAUAAGCAAUCCUCAUCAGGAAUCGAUGGUAUUAAUGACAUCAUAAUGAAGCUCCCGGUGAUCUAUAUGAUGGAUUGCAUUGAAAAUGACUGUAGUUUGCUACUGAAAUCAUUGACUACGAGGGAUCUUUACCCAUCUCUGCUGUUGUAUCCAGCAGAAAGGAAGGAAGCGAUUUUGUACGAGGGAGAAUUAUCCGUAUUUAAUAUUAUUAAAUUUAUCGCUGAUCAAGGUGGCAAUUCUCACUGGAUUUAUAAGGAGCGAGGUACUUUAUGGACUCAAGCUGAGUACGGAGCUUGGGGUGAGGAGCCAUUUAAGGAUGUAUCAGAUCAUGUUAUUCAUGAGGAAAAACACGAGAUUCUACUAAAAGACCGAACCCAGACCCAGAAGUUAGGAAUUGUUAACGAGAACAUCGGGCCACGCGUACCAUAUGAUACCAGUGGAUCUGGACAUGAAAUAACACCUGGUUCUAUACUUGUUGCAACACAAAAACUUGCUAGUGUAUAUCCGUUUGCCAGAUCGAAAAUUCUCAUAGUCAAAGUAAAUCAAACUACUGGCUUUCAAGGUCUGAUAAUCAACAGGCGUAUCAGUUGGGAUUCCAUUUCAUCACUUGAAGAGGGGUUGGAUUCCCUGAAACACGCACCACUAUCUUACGGUGGUCCUGUUAUAACACGUGAACUGCCUCUUGUUUGUUUAACUCGACAAUCAUUCAAAGACGAACAACCUGAAGUGCUACCAGAUGUCUACUUCCUUGACCAAUUAGCCACAAUUAGUUUAAUCCAAAAUAUAAAGUUACAUAAUCGGUCUAUGACUGACUACUGGUUUUUUGUGGGGUACUCUACGUGGGAUUGGAACCAACUAUUUGACGAGAUUGCUGAUGGAUCAUGGGAUGUAAUUAACGGAACAGCGCAGCAGUUUGAUUGGCCUACGACAUGAUGUCACUGGUUUGAUUAAUUCUCAAUUGAGUUUAAACCUACACAAUCUUUUAAUGGUUAAAUCGACAACUUGUUACAUCUAAGAGCUGUACAUAAGAUCAAGUUAUUUCAUUUUUGUUUUCAGGAUCUUUGAUUCAUUUUAAAUAGAUAAUUUUAAAAGUGUUGGAUAUUACUUAU